AUGCAGCCCGUGAAACAAAAGAAGUACAAAAUUGGUAGUGUCGGCAACUUUACAAGCUUUACAAAGCGCACUACAAGCCGUCCAAUCUAUCGAACACGAUCUCCCCAGAAGCGCUGCCAGCCAGUUGUUGUCAUUGCGUUGCGUUGUUGUCUGGAGGUUGGACGUAAAGCCAUUAUCGCCAAUAUGGCGUUACUUUGGACUGUCGUGUCUGUGUCGUUCUCCAUCAUAAUAACGCCGUUUUUAAUGUUUUUAUUAGCAAUUAUUUUUCUAGCCUCGAUAGGAAAAUCGUUAGGGGUGCGAAGACUGUACGUGAAGAUAUUACUGAAGAUUUUCGAGUACGGCCGGCAACACAUAGAGAUCGCGAAGAAGGACCAGCGGCGCGAGAUGGUGACGGGCAGCUCGUGCGAGGGCGACGGCGACGCGGACGCCGACGCCACGGAGGACGAGGGGGCGGCGUCGGCGUCGACGGCGGCGUCGGUGGAGCGUGCGGCGGGGGUGGCGCCGGCGGGGGCGGGGGCCGGGGCCGGUGCGGACGCUGGCGCGGGCGACGCGGCGCACGCACCCGUCAGCCGCCGCCCCUCGCCCGGAGGCGGCGCCAAGGCCCCCGCGUGCAACGGCAGCGCGGGCGCGCUCCUGCCCAACGGCGCGCUGCCCAACAGCCUGGGCGUCAUCAGCCGCGAGGACCUCAUCCUCUCGCCCGUGCCCAGCCUCAACAGCGCCAACGGCGCCGCCAAGGAGGGGCUGCCGCGCAGCCGAUCGUUCGAGACGCUGAAGCGCGAGUUCGAGCUGGCCGACUGCCUGGAGUUCGUGAAGGCCGGCGUGGAAGCCAUCAUCGAGGACGAGGUGACGCUGCGCUUCGAGGCCGAGGAGCUCAAGUCAUGGAACCUGUUAACACGCACCAACAGUUGGUAUGAAUUUAUAAGCUGGCGAUUGACUGUGAUUUGGGUACUGGGUUUCCUCGUGCGCUACUGCUUCCUGUUGCCCCUUCGAGUACUUAUUUGCUUCAUUGGGGUGGCCUGGGCUGUGCUCUCCAUGGCUGUACUGGGUUUCCUGCCACCUUCGUCACUAAAACGUUGGCUGCACAAACGAGCAUUCAUAAUUACCUUUCGCAUCCUUGCCCGUUGCCUUUCCAUGGUCCUCACUUACCAUGACACUCAGUACCGCCCUGACAAAGGUGGUGUGUGUGUGGCCAACCACACCUCUCCCAUUGAUAUUAUCACUGUUUCUACAGAAUCUUGUUUCUCUUUGGUUAUGUGGUUGACCUUCUGCACAGGAAUUGUGGGAUAUGUGCCAGAGGGGCAGUUUAAAAGAUGGCUGAAUUAUAGAGUGAAUAUUAUGUGUUUUGGUAUACUGUCAAGUGCUCUGUCAUCUGUCAUUACAUAUCAUAACCCAGAGAACCGACCCAAGAAUGGCAUUUGUGUGGCUAAUCACACAUCUCCCAUUGAUGUUCUGGUUCUUGCCUGCGAUAACUGCUAUGCAUUGAUCGGUCAGCGGCAUGGAGGUUUCCUGGGAGUACUUCAAAGAGCUCUUGCACGAGCAUCUCCACAUAUAUGGUUUGAACGAUCAGAAGUAAAGGAUCGUGAAGCUGUGGCUAAAAGAUUGCGGCAACAUGUGUCUGAUCCAAAGAAUCCUCCCAUCUUAAUUUUCCCUGAAGGAACAUGUAUAAACAACACCUCAGUGAUGCAGUUCAAGAAAGGCAGUUUUGAAGUUGGUGGGGUUAUCUACCCUGUUGCCAUAAAGUAUGAUCCAAAGUUUGGAGAUGCAUUUUGGAAUUCCAGUCGUUUCUCUAUGAUGCAGUAUCUGUAUAUGAUGAUGACAAGUUGGGCAAUUGUUUGUGACGUAUGGUAUCUCCCUCCCAUGUAUCAGAAGGAAGGAGAGACUGCAAUUGACUUUGCAAAUAGAGUAAAAAGUUGCAUUGCUCGACAAGGAGGGCUCGUUGAUCUCAUGUGGGAUGGGCAAUUGAAGAGGAUGAAGGCAAAGAAAGAAUGGAAAGAAGCACAACAAGAGGAGUAUAGUAAACGGCUAAAACUAGAGUGAAUGAACACAACUCAAAUUGUCACUAUAAUUUUUCCAUUAUUUUUCUAUCUCCCUGAUCAUGUGAUGAGAAGACCCAAGACUCAGAAACUCAUAGGGAGGCAGGUUCUUGUACAUUUGUAAAGUGUAUACAGCGACGUAAUUUAUUCUUUCAGCGAGUAUAUAAUGCACAAAAUGUUGCCAUAUGUCCUUUAAGAGCAAUAUCUUGUGUUAAGAUUAUUUCGUGUUAAGUUUUGGGGUAGGACGUUUGGGUGAAGCAUUAGAUUUUUUUUUUUUCUUUUUUUAAAUUUCUUUUUGCUCACUAACUCUUAAUGUUGGAAGAUAAGCCAAAGAUAAGAAAGUUUGCUGUAGAAUAAUAUAUUACAGCAUUGUGUACCUAGUGUUAGUUAUUGUCAGUGGUUGUAAUGCAUAGUGUUAGUUAAAGGUUGUGAACUUAGACCAUGACAUUGAACAUUCCAGUAAUCUGCAGGAUCAGUUUGUUUUGAUCAAUGAACAUGAUUCCGCUGUGCGGAUGUUGUGCUGUGUUUUGUUUUUAACUAAUGCAAGCAACGAUGUCUGAAGAUGGCUCUGUGAUAGACUGGAAAACGAGACAAGUCCAGGUAUUAUAAAUCUUGGCUGAGAUUGUUGCAUGGGUGAUGCAUUGAGGCGUGCCUUGCUUUUGUCAUGUGUCUCAAUAAAACAGGUCAUGUGAAUUAUAUUUAUAAGGUUUGUAAAAACUCACUGGAUUAUGAGUAGAUUUUAUACAUGACUCAAAACUCUAUUUUUCUUGGGGGAAACGAAGCUUCAAGUGGAUUCACAGACCUGUGGUAUUGAUGACAUAGUCUUAGGUGAAGCUGCAAUAUGUAAUGAAUCAUAUUAACUUCCUGAUCAUACAAAGACUGAGGAUUCUAGUGUGCAUUAUCAAUUGUUAAUAUGAAUAUUUUUAAGUGUGCUUUAACGUACAAGUGUGUGUAUCUUUUAAGAGUGCCAGAGAAAGUACGUUAGUUAAGAGUAAAUCAUUUACAUGAAAAAGAGUAUAGCAGUUGGCUGAUUAGGCACAAAAUGUUUCUUCCCUACCUAAUGUGAUUAUCACAUGGAUGUAGAUGUAGAAACAAUACAUAACUGUUGUAUCUGUAUUAAAUCUUUUGUAAGAUUCCUAUUUUCCUCCAUUAGUUUUUAAUGAUAUAUACAGUAUAAUUUUCAAAAACAAUUUAUUAAUGCAUUGUGUACAAAUGAAUUGAUAAAUAUUUGACAGAAUUUAACAUUGGAAGAUUUUCUAACAAAAUGAUGGAAGACAUGAGGUAUUCUACAAGACCACCACUAGCUGGAACUUUCAAACCUACAAUCAAAAUUAAUCUUCAAACUUAACCACCUUCAGCAAUGACUUGUUUGUGCUGCAGUGGAAUACGAAAAAUAUUCAGUAGUUUUCAUACACGAGUAGUAACUGGAAUUGGAGAUGAUCCACACCCAGACAAAUGUUCCUCCAGAACUGAUAACACAUCAGGGGAGGAAGAGCCUUCCAGUGCAGCUUGUCGUAGCAAAAUAUCACUGUUACCAGAUUGCCAUAAAAAUGCAUAGGCUCUGAAACGGUAAAGUAAAAAUCCAAUGAGAUAAAAUAACGUGAAAUAUAACUACAAAACUUAUUUUAAACAUACCUAUAAAGGAAGUAAUGAUCAGUUUCAGCCUGUUUGAGAAGUCUUUUUAGUAUAUUCAUGUCUUUGAUGGUCUGAAAGAAAAAUAAGUGAACAAAAAUAGUGUACUUUACU